UUUGCAGGUGCAGUAAAGGUCACUCUGAAGUUUCAUUUCCUUAUAAUUAAAGCAGCUUUUUAAAUAUAGGGUUUAUGUUUUUUGAAAUACAUAUUGCUCUAUAUUUCUCCUGAUUUCUAAACUACUGUCAAACAUUCACCAUAGGAUCUAGAAAUCAUUUUAUUUUUAGAAUUAAGGGUUUGCAUGUGUUUCCUCCAUGAUAGCUUUGCAUGUGCUCCUUCAACAAAGUACCCCCCCCCUUUCAGUGCAGAUUCAUUAAACAAAGUAGUUCUUUAUUCUCCAGUAGAUGGUACUAAGACAGGGAAUGGGCAGGACUGCUGUGGUCAUAGCAUCAGAGAGCUAUUUUUGUUUAAUAAAAAAAACCCAAUGCAUUUUUUUAAUGAAGAGAGAUCUUUACAUUCAAGAGAAGUUGUUUCUACGACUUAUACUGCCGAGAAAGCAUCCUGAAUCUCCCAUUUAGCACUAUAGCCGUGGCUGGGGAGCCAUCAGGCAUACAAAGGUUUACAACAGGAGAGGAACAGGCAGACAAAAGGUGACAGCACAUCUCAUCAUGGCAUCAGCAGCUCUACAGUUCUUUGCUUUCAUUCUAGCCUUGUUUGGCGUUUUCGGUGCAAUUACAGCCACCUUGUUGCCCAACUGGAAGGUGAACGCAGACGUAGGUUCAAACAUCAUCACAGCCAUAACUCAGAUGCAAGGACUCUGGAUGGACUGCACAUGGUACAGCACCGGGAUGUUUAGCUGCACGUUGAAAUAUUCAAUCCUCUCCCUCCCUGUUUACAUCCAGGCAGCACGGACCACGAUGGUGUUGUCUUGCAUCCUCUCCACUUUUGGAAUCUGCAUCGCCACGGUGGGGAUGAAGUGCACUCGGCUGGGAGGAGACCAUGACACCAAGAGCCACACUACAUUUGCAGGAGGAGUCUUCUUCAUCCUUGCAGGUAUAUUCGGCUUGAUACCAACAGCCUGGUACACGAGAGAAAUCAUUUCAAAUUUUCUGGACCCAACAGUCCCAGAAAGCAGUAAGAAUGAACCAGGAGGAGCAGUUUACAUUGGAUUCAUUUCAGCAGGACUUCUGCUCACUGCAGGUGCCAUCUUUGGCACUUCCUGUUUUACAAAGCAGCAAAGAGCAUGGAUUUAUCCCAACAAAACACAGCAACAGUUCCCAACUGCCCAGCAAGAGAACAACACAGGCUACAACCUGAAGGAUUAUGUGUAAAUACAGUUGUCGGUCUGUCACUCAAGGCUCCUGCUCAGUUGGGGGGGGGCGAGUGUUUAUUGUAGUCCUGGGUUUUUUAAAAUAUCGAAGAAAGUUUUUUGUUCUUGAUGCAAGUGUCAUAAUUACACUCUGGUAUGGUAUGGGGGGGAUUUAAAUCACUGCAACAACCAUUAAUUUAUGCUGAUAUUGCUUUGCAACUGAAUUGUUUUAGAAAAAACAAACAAAAAGAACGGUAAAAAUGCAUACUGUACAGGUUGUUGUUUUUUAACAUGUGAAAGUUAGAUAUCUGUAAUGUGGCUUACUUAAUUUCAACACAACUCUAAUUUUAAUUAGGAUACCCGCCAAACCUACUCUGCCUUUAUGUGAAACCCUAUGUAUUGUUUUUAAAAUUGUAGCUUUCGUUGUCAAUACCCAACUACCAUGGUAACUAAAUUUCUUCAUUUAAAAACAAACAAAGCCUCGUGUAUUUGCAUAUCAGAGGCUGAAGACACUGCUUCAGUUGUUGCCAAAGUGCCCCCUCAUCUCCUGACCACCUGCAGCAGAUUCCAUUUUUAUGUUUUUUUAAAAAAUGUCUACUUAGCAGUCUGCAGCUAAUUGAAGGGUUAGACACAGCUCAGGACUAAGAAAUGGGUGUAUCAGCAGCAGCCUCUGUAACUAAAAGAAACUUAAACCCUCCAAUUUCAUGCUCCACUUUAAAAAUAUUUUUGUCUUCUCCUUGACUUCUGUAUGUUAUACCCAAGUCAUUGCAUGAUUUAACUAACCUAAUGCAUCUGUUCCCAAUCUGUUCAGGGCUUCAGUGUGAUUUUAACCUGCACAUCAUUUGGUUUCUUUAAAUCCUUUAUUUUAUGCAAACUAUUUACUAUUGGAUCAGAGUUACUGGCAAUCUGCCACACAAAGUUACUGGCAAUCUGCCACACAAAGUUACUGGCAAUCUGCCACACAAAGGGUUCUUGCAGGUGAUAGCAACUCAGUUUGCAAUUACUUUGUCAGCAUGAUUCACUUGGUUAAUUUGCCUUGAUUCUCAUAACCUUCUUUUUAACAUGCUGAAAUUAUUAUUAGUCACUGUGGGGAACCCCUCAUUUCUAUUCAGGAGGCAAGGCAGAGUUUGAAUCCUUUGGUAUAUAAGGGAAGGAAUAGAAAAGAGACGUUUGGGCCAUAACUUGGGACACGUGUAAAUUUGCAUACACACAGAUAUUCUAGUGCAAAUAGAAUGAGUUUAUAUUUCACUAAAGAAUAUGGCUUGGUCUCUUGUAAAAGAUGAGUAAGAUUAUUAGUUCCAUAUUAGUUUUAAUUUUUCUACCCAUCUUUCAAAUAUUAGCUCUGAGUUGGAGAUGUAAACAGCUCUUCAUAGAAAAGGUACAGGAAAAGGGCACUAAAAUGAAAAGGGAGCUGAAGUAACUCCCAUACUAAGAAAUGAUGCAACAUUUGGGUCUUCUUAAUUUACAAAAAAGGUGAGUAAGAGGGGACAUGCUAGAGGUGUAUAAAAUAAUAUCUGGUGUGAAGAGAGAUGUUUUCUUGCUCUUUCAUACUACUAGCUACUAGCCAGGUUCAUUGAAGAAGGCUGAAUGGUGAGAGAUUCACACCCUGCAUAGUUAAACUGUGGAAUUCACCAUCACAAGAUGUGGUGAUGGCAACAAAGUUAGACUGCUUUAAAAGGUGAUUAGACAAAUUCACAGAAGAUAAUGCUAUUAAUGACUACUAGCAAUGAUGGCUAUAGGCCACCUUCAGGAUCAGAGGCAGCAUACCUCAGUUGUUUGCAAACAAUAGGGAAAGGUCUAUUGCCCUAGUGUCCUUUUUGUGAACUUUACAGGGAAGUCUGGCUGGCCACGUGUGAGAAACAGAAUGUUGGACUAGAUAGGCCUUUGGUCUGAUUCAGCAGGGCUCUUAAUCAAAUGUGAAACGUGUUUUCAAAAUCAAGAAACUUGUUUCAUUACCCACUAUAGAUUGAUGGACAGACAGACCAAGAAUGUACCAAAGUUAUUUGGUGAUUGCAGUGGUUCAAUCUUAGGUCUGUAAAUAAUAAGGUGUCUACCCCCCCCCCCACUGCCAACAACUCUUUUAGGAUGAAUAAAUACUGUCUUAUUUUUAUUGCAAAUACCUGUGAUACCUAAACAAGCUCAGGUGUGUUUUGGGGCUUUUUACAGUCCAAUGUAUAUGUUUUUUCUUAAAUAAAGAAAAGAUAUGCCAAAACUUAAACUAGGAGAAAGAAGAUUCACAGAAAUAUUAAUGUUGCUACUUGGUCAUUAAGAUAAAGAUCAAGAUCAUGGUAUGAAAGGAAAACGAAAUACAGAAUCCUCCACAUGUAUGACACCCACAGAGUAAGACAUAUAAUCCAGACCACAUUGCUCCCCCAACAGGGAGAUCCAGGAGCAAACAUAGACCCCAGAAGAGAAUACAAGCUCUUCUGAGCUACACUGAGCUACAAGCUUGAACGUAAUAGUUAUCCAAAGCAGUCUCAAUUAUUUCAGUGGGUUUAAUUCUUAAACAAACAGUGGUGGUUUACCAGUGUAAGCAGUAAGGCCAUCAUUUUCUCCAAUGCAUAUUCGUAGCUCUCUU